GAGUGUCGCUCCCUGGAGGUCACAAGAGGAGGAGGAGGAGGAAGUAUCAGCUGUUGGCGGUGUGCUGUGCGGUCAGCUGUGGGAGGCAACACGUGUGCUGCAGAGGGCUUGACAGGGUGGAUGGGGACAGGGACUACUUCAGACCUGCCUCCACCCCAGACACUCCCGUCUACGGCCACACCCUGACACUACACAAGUGUUGUAAACAGCUGGAAUAGAUUGCCCAUGUUGGCACGGACGGUGUUGGUGACGGGCUGCAGCCGUGGCCUGGGGCUGGAGAUGGUGAGGCAGCUGGCCGAGGCUAACACCCCCCCAGAGGUCAUCAUAGCAGCCUGCAGGAAGCCACAGGAUGCUCAGGAGCUUCAUCAGCUGUGCAAGAGUCACCAGGGAGUCCACACACUCAAGCUUGAUGUGGCCGAUGAGCAGAGUCACUCAGAGGCAGUAGCAGCAGUGGGCCAGCUGGUGGGCGGGCGAGGCCUCAACCUGCUGAUUAACAACGCCGGUGUGGCCCCGCGCUCCACACGCAUCAACAUGGUCAGGUGGCAGCAGAUGGUGGACACCUUCACGGUCAACGCUGUGGCGCCGGUCAUGCUCUCAAAGGCUUUGCUUCCUCAACUGAAGGCUGCGGCCGCACUCACGGAGGGGAGCGACCUGUCGGUGCAGCGAGCGGCCAUCAUCAACAUAUCCUCAAUCCUCGGCUCCAUCCAGAACAACGACCAAGGUGGACUCUACCCGUACAGGGCCAGCAAGGCGGCACUGAAUGCGAUCACCAAGUCCCUGAGUAUUGACCUGAGGGACAGCAACAUCCUGGUGGGCAGUGUGUGUCCUGGCUGGGUGCAGACGGACAUGGGUGGCCGCAACGCUCCCCUCACACCGGCACAGAGCAUUGCCAACAUCCUGCGUCUCCUCGGCUCAAUGAACGAUGCACACCAUGGACAGUUUUACCAGCAGGAUGGCACCAAGCUACCCUGGUGAUUGAUGUUUGUCAAGAUGGUUGUUUUACUAGUUAGAGGCUGCCAAGGACCUGAGGACAGCAUGUAGGCUCAACACUGAUGGACAGACCAACACAAGUGGCUCAAGAAGUUCAGCCGUCCAGUCCAGUGUGAGCCUUGCUGUGUUGGUGCCAAACUUUGUGUACAUAAGAGAAAAGAGAGUUCUCGUCCCAUGUUACAGAGCCCUGCACUGCUUCUGUUGCCCAGCCAGCCUGGCAGGGACUUCCGGGUACUCUUCAGCAUCUCCCAGAGACAAAGCCACUCCUGGACCUUGGGUGUUAUGCAAACUGCAGCUUUGAUAUAAACUUUAUUCAACAUAUAAUA